AUGCUGGUGGGAAGAAGGAAAGACAUGGACUCUGUGUCGGCGAUAUCGGAGUAUGCAAAAUCCAGCGCGCGAGCCCAUGGAAUGUUGGGGGACUACAUCAAGACUCGGACAGAUGAGUCUAUUCAGGCGGGAGCCCAAAGUCCGCCACACCAGUCACUUGCCCAACCACUCUCGUACCCCAAACACCCCUUCCCAGCCAGCUUCUGCGCCAAGCUGUCCAGUCUCCCGAACGGCUUCAGUGAGCUGGCUCUGAGCGGAUCACUGUCGGUCCAGUGUAUUUGCAUCAUAUCCUCGCUAUCGAGGAAGAUCCAGCGCCAUGCUCAAACCGCCAUGUCCAGCGCAGAGCAGACCGCCGACAUCCAGGUCGAACUUGACGCCCUGAAGCACUUCUACGCAAUGGCCAAGUCGCCGAUGGAAGAUUACCUGACCAACGGUCUGAUCUCCUUCUGCAACCAAUAUCCCGACAAGACCACUCGGAACCCGUUCUUCAACAUUGCCCUCAAAUGUUUCAACUCGGCAUUGAGCGAUCGCGAGAAGCUCGUCGGCAUCUGGCGCCAGGACUGCUUGGUCUGGGUGGCAGUUAUCAUUGCAGGGGUGCUCGACAUCUGCGCCGAGCCUUUGGAAAGCCGUCAUGUGGUGCUUGACAGCUGUUUGGCUGACUUCCCCAAGGCUCGAGACUGGGGCCAUCUCGAACAAAUCCUGCGAUCUUUCUUCUGGACGGACGCGCUUGGACGGCACUGGAAACAGUGCUGGAAGGCAGCAAUGCGUAGAAGACAGACGGACACUUGCAGUACCAUCGAUCCCCCAAGUAGUCCUGGAAACGACGCACCCUUGUUUCCGGUGGCUACUCCAACGCCUAACACCCUUCUUGGGCUCCAAAAUACCGGCUUAGGCAGAUUGCUGCACGACGCUCACAACUUGACCAAGGCGUUCAUUCAGGCGAAGACAUGA